UUCAUUUUCUCGUCCACCAUGAGAGCCAGCAACCACUUGAUCGGCCUUCUCAACUUCCUAACCUUCCUCCUCUCCCUCCCCAUCAUCGGCGGCGGCAUCUGGCUCAGCAGCCGCGCCAACACCACCGACUGCCUCAAGUUCCUCCAGUGGCCUCUAAUCGGCAUCGGCGUCACCGUCAUGAUCGUCUCCCUCGCCGGCUUCGGCGGCGCCUGCUACCGCAACACCUUCCUAAUGUGGUUCUACCUCUUCGUCAUGUUCUUCGUCAUCGGCGCCCUCGUCGGCUUCAUCAUCUUCGCCUACGCCGUCACCGAGCGGGGCUCCGGCCGCCCCCUCCCCAACCGCGCCUACUUCGAUUACUAUCUCCAGGACUAUUCUGGGUGGCUCAGGGACCGGGUCGCCGAUGACUCCUACUGGGCUAAGAUUAGCUCCUGUGUUAGAGACUCCGGUUCAUGCCGGAAAAUUGUCAGAACCGUCAACGGUGUGCCGGAGACCGUUGAUAUGUUUUACCAUAGACAUCUCACUCCGGUCGAGUCUGGUUGCUGCAAGCCACCCACAGUUUGCGGAUAUGUAUAUGUGAACGAGACGGCGUGGGAUGUGGGAGGAGGGGUGGUGGGCGGCGAGCCUGACUGUGGAAGGUGGAGCAAUGACCAAGACCAACUUUGCUAUGCUUGUGACUCUUGCAAGGCUGGGGUUCUAGCCAAUCUCAAGAAGAGCUGGAGAAAGGUCUCGGUCGUCAACAUCAUCGUUUUGAUUGUUCUCGUCAUCUCUUAUGUUAUUGGCUAUGCAACUUUUCGAAAUAAUCGUCGCAUUGACAAUAAUGAACCUGCCAGUACUGCUCGCAUGACCAAAUCAAAACCGGGUUGGUUUAACGUUUGAGGAAGGAUUUGUAAGACACAAUAAAACGCUUGUGUUUGUAUUUUCUUUUAAUUUGACAUGGGUACUAAUUUAGAAAAAUGAUAGCAUUAGAAUAUCACAACAAUUUAUGAUUUUUCAAUA